CGCCAUCAGCGACCAAUGUCAUACAUGUUGCUAAGAAACACAAAUUUUCAAAGGAAAAGAUUGAGUCACUGAGAAAGAAAGAAGUCGGAUUUUAUUGUUUUGAGCAUGGAGGAAAAUACAAUCAGUUGAUAAGAUGGCUAUGGAAAAACAGAGUGUCUUGAAAGAGACACACCACAGAUCAGUGACAGCUCUAGGAUACCACCCGUUACGGCGUGAAAUAGUUGCAGGAUUUGAAGAUGGCUUUGUUAAGAUGUGGGAGGUGGAAGGCUACAAGCUCUCUGUCUCUACUCAUGAACACCAGGGUUGGGUCACUGAUUUCCUCUACUGGCCUGAAGCCAAGGUGAUGUUCUCGUCUUCCAACGACGGGACGAUCAUUGCUUGGUCAACAGCAGCAGCAGUACACGAUCACAUCUCAUUUGGUUCCCCUGUAUACAGCAUGGCCUUAAAUGUGAGGAGGCAUCAGCUUGUAUGUGGCUUCAAUGCUUGUAUACGGGUCUUCAGCUUGGAUGAAAACCGAGAGAGUGGUCACCUGAUAGAUCUCAAGUAUUCCUACAACUCAAAGGAGCACACAGACAUUGUCAAGUGCAUUGUGUGUCUGGAAUCAAGAGUUUACUCUGCAGGGUUUGAUCAAAAGCUGAUUAUCUAUGACUCCUCUUCCUACCCUGGCAAUAGAGGGCUCAAUCCAGUGUUUUGCAAUCCCAAGGCCCAUGAAGCAGGUAUUUCAUGCCUAGUGCUUAUCAGAGACUCAGAAAACAACACAUGGCUUGUGACCGGGUCGUUUGACAAGGUCGUCAAGAUCUGGUCCCAAGAUGGCAAGCUAACCCACAGAUUGGACGGCUUCCUAGGUACCAUCAAUGACCUGUGCUACGUACCGAAGAACAAGACUCUGUGGAUCUCGUCAGGGACAUCACCAGUAGCGGCUCUGUAUGACCCCAAGUGUGGAGAAAAUGUUUCUGAGUUCAUUGGUACAUUCCAAGAUGAAGAGAAUGAGAAAUAUCAUCUCCAGCACAUGAAGUAUAUCCCAGAGCUAAACCAAGCUGUCGCUAGCAGCAGCAGAAGACACAUCUUGAUGUGGAAGUACAACCCUCAGGGCUGCAUCACAACUCUCAAGUGUAAACAUGCCGUAGAAUGUCUCACCUACACCAAAAAGGAUCCAAUUCUUUUCUUUGAUGGUGGGAGUGAUGGUCAAGCCAACAACUGGGAAAGAUUACAAACUAAUCACUUUAUGUAUAGCCAGGAGACCUUCCUCCUCACAGAAGCCAAAACCAAGCUUGCCCAGCUGAAGAACGAGAAGCGUGAGGAACGUCGCCCUCUUGUGAGCGCGUUCGUACGCAGCCUUCACAAUCCCUCGCCGGGCAGCUACUCCCAGAAUAAGCCCAGCAGUCAAUGUUCCGCUUCAACGUAUAAACACAGCAACUCAGCACUACUCAAAUCACUCUUUGUGGAGUCACUCGACUUACUACUGCUUGGGUCGGAAGAUGGUAACAUCUACAUCUGGGGUUUUGACGAUGCAGCAGUCAACGCACUGCGAGACAUGAAACCUUCGAGCAACGACGAUCUCCUCAAGAAAUACCGUAUCCUCCUCGCAAACAACUCAACUGAAUCAGGAUCAGACAACUCAUCAGAAUUUGAGGAGACUAUAUCACUGGAAAACCCAGAGAUUGAUUCGGUAACGAACCGUGUAGCAGGCUUCGUGUGUAAGAACGUUCUGUCAGGCCACAGUAGCUGUGUAACAAGUAUGUUUCUGGUAGGCAGGCAACACGGCUAUGGGACUACAUACUUGGUAAGCUCUGGCUGGGACAGAAGAAUAUGCAUCUGGGACUUAGAGAGUGGAAGCUUGGUGGAUAGAUUCAGAAAUGUCUCUGAGGAUGGGAUGAACAUUGAGGAGCUGGCUUGUGAUGGUAUCGUCACUGACAUGGACUACAGUCUCUCCAGGAAUGAGUUUGCAUGUGCUUCCGGAGACAAGAUGGUCUACAUCAGGCAUUUCAGUCAGGUCGGAUCUGAGAUGACCUUGAGAAACACUCUACAAGGUCAUGAGGGGGAGGUCACUCAGGUCACGUGGUGUGACUUUGACGACAACUGGAUCACGUCAUCAGAAGACGGCACCAUCAGACUCUGGAGCGGCGAUGGAAUGACUUGUGAGCAGGUGAUCAACACCCAUGGCCCUGUCUCAGCUAUCUGCCUGGAUAGUGUAUCAAAGUGCAUCGUAGCAGGGGUGCAUAAUGUUAUCAAGGUUUAUAAUCCAAGCAAGAACAAGCUCCUUCAGACCAACUUUGGGCACACAGACUCAAUCCGUUCCAUCAUCCAUGUACAUGAGAGAAACCAGUACAUAUCGGGAUCCUGGGACGGAACACUGAGAGUAUGGAAUGCAUACCGGGUAGCUACCCGGAAAAAGAAGGCUGCCCGUAUGGAGGAGAAGAGGGAAAGCAUCUCAAGCUUCAAGAACAAGAAUCAGCCAAACUAUCUGAUAGAAGAUGAACAGGAAGUGUAGCAUCUUUCAUCUGCAUUAGAUCGAUACUGAUAGAAGGAAAGACUCUAAAGACAAUGAGAAGGAAAAAAGUGAGAGCAUGGGAGACAAAAACAAUGUUUAAAAAAGAGAUGAACAUGUAAACAUUGUAAAGGAGAAGAAAUCAUCUCUUUUGAGCUAUAAGGGCAUAAAGCCCGUCUGCACUAGUUUGACCAGGGGGAUUAGACCUCCCUACAAGGCCAUUGACGGGUGGUUAUCUC